CGUGACGGAUGGAAGUGAGGUCUUAACAAGAAGAGGAGGAGGAGGAGAUUCCCGAAUUACCUGUCUGUAAAUACAACCGCUUCCUAUUGGGGUUUUAUUCUCGCAGACGAAAAUAUUGGUGGAGUUUUGAAAAGCACGGAAGAUGAUUUCUUCCAGGAGAAGCGAAAGUGACUGGCAAGGUUUGGUGAGCGAGUUCCUGGUGGUGAAGCGGAAGCUGGACAGUAAGAAGGAGGCCCUGCUGAUCCUGUCCAAGGAGCUGGACAGCUGUCAGCAGGAGAGAGACCAGUACAAGCUGAUGGCCAAUCAGCUGCGAGAACGCCACCAGAGCCUGAAGAAGAAGUACAGAGAGACCCCGCCCUCUCUCGAUGGAGACCCUUCCCUGCCCCCUGAGAAGAGAAAUCAGGUGAACCUGGCUCAGUUGCUCAGGGACUCCAGGGAUAGGAAUAAGCUGGUGUCUGAGGAGCUGAAGGAACUCAGUCAGAGAUUGGCCGAGGCCCAGGGGGACAACAAGCUCCUGAGGAUGACCAUCGCCAAGCAGAGGUUGGGGGACGAGGAGGUGGGGGCGCGACACUUCCCCGCCCACGAGCGGGAGGACCUGGUGCAGCAGCUGGAGAAGGCCCGCGAGCAGAACGAGGAGCUGGAGCACAGCCUGAAGGGGGCGACGGACGAGCUGCAGGACGUGCGGGCGGAGCGCGGCGUGUUCCAGGAGAAGGCCGCGCGGCUGAACCGCGAGCUCAACCACAUCCUGGGCAGCCCCGAGGGCCGCAUCGUGGACGUGGACGCGCUGUGCAUGGAGAACAGAUAUUUACAUGAAAGAUUUAAGCAGCUCCAGGAGGAGGUGAACCUGCUCAAAGGAAACGUUAUGAAGUACAAGACCGCUCUGGAGAGGAGGAAGAAUUCCAAGAUCUACGGCAGGUCCAACAGCAGCGCCCUCACAGGGGUGCUCUCUGCUAAACAAGUCCAGGAGCUCUUGCUGUCAGAGGAGAGUGGUUGUAGUCUCCCUGCCACGCCCCAGUCCAUCUCUGACCUGAAGUCCUUAGCUACGGCGCUCCUGGAGACCAUACACGAGAAGAACAUGGUCAUCCAGCACCAGCGGCACACCAACAAGAUUCUGGGAAAUCGAGUCGCAGAGCUGGAGAAGAAGCUGAAGACCUUGGAAGUGGCAGGAUUAUGGAGUCUGCCAGGGCUCACCUACAAUGUGUCCGUGGGAUUUGGCAGGGGGAGAGAUGCCAUUAGCCUCGGCGAGGGACAGCCUUCUGGGUCUCCCUUAUUGGGCCUGGGCCAGGAGCCAGAGCCAAUGAGACUGCAGCAGCUCAAAGGCUGCGGGACAGGAAGUGACAUCGUGGCUCCGCCCAUCUCUCGCACUGGGCCUGAUGGGAGGGGUGAGGAGGUCAUCCCCGUUUGUCUGGAUGCUUCCGAGCGUCACGUGGAACGCCGGGGGGUGGAGCCUGUGUGGCGGACGGGACCACACCAGGAGGAAGUCGAGGAGGCGGAGCUUCCUCUGUGGGAGCAGCCUGCGUCGCCAUUGGACAGUCCAUCAGAGCUCUUCCUGUCACAGGACUCUCCUAUUUCAACUGAACCAGCAAUACCAUUGGACAAGCCCUCAGAACUCUUCCUGUCAGAGGACUCUCCUACUUCAACUGAACCGGCGAUACCAUUGGACAAGCCCUCAGAACUCUUCCUGUCAGAGGCUCCUCCUACUUCAACUGUACCGGCGAUACCAUUGGACAGUCCCUCGAAACUGUCCCUGUCACAGGCCCCUCCCACUAUAACUGAGCCAGCUUCACCAUUGGACAGGCCCUCAGAGCUGUCCCUCCGACAAGCCCCUCCCACUAUAACUGAGCCAGGUUCACCAUUGGACAGGCCCUCAGAACUGCCCCUCUCACAGGCCCCUCCCCCUGUAACUGAUCCAGCUUCACCAUUGGACAGGCCCUCAGAGCUGUCCCUCUCACAGGCCCCUCCCACUGUAACUGAUCCAGCUUCACCAUUGGACAGUCCCUCAGAGCUGUCCCUCUCACAGGCCCCUCCCACUGUAACUGAUCCAGCUUCACCAUUGGACAGUCCCUCAGAGCUGUCCCUCUCACCGGCUCCUCCCCCUGUAACUGAUCCAGCUUCAUCAUUGGACAGUCCCUCAGAGCUGUCCCUCUCACCGGCUCCUCCCCCUGUAACUGAUCCAGCUUCAUCAUUGGACAGUCCCUCAGAGCUGUCGCUCCCACCGGCUCCUCCCCUUGUAACUGAUCCAGCUUCAUCAUUGGACAGUCCCUCAGAGCUGUCUCUCUCACCGGCUCCUCCCCCUGUAACUGAUCCAGCUUCACCAUUGGACAGUCCCUCGGUACUGUCCCUCCCACAGGCCCCUCCCACCCCAGGGGAAGAUCCUUGCUCAGGCUCUGACCUGGAGGAGGAGCAUCAUUCACACCCUGCCCUAGGGGAGGGGUUUAAUGCAGACCCAGCAUGCACCAGUGCAGAAGUCUCCGCCUCUGAAGAAGCCACGCCCAGUCCCACUGAAACCCACCAACCCCUGAGCGCCAGCCACUCCCCCGGAGAGGAGGAGCCCAGCCAAUCACGGUGACCGACAUGGACGACAGUCGUGUCGCAGAGCGACGCCCCCUCCCUGCUCAGCCCAUCCAAUAGGGAAGCACCCUGCUUGCAGUGAAAAGUGGGUCCCGUCUCUCUGGCCAGCUGAACCUCUCCUUCCCUGUAGCACUUAAGAUCCCAACUUUUCCAUUUUUUCGAACCACAUUUUGGAAAUUUGUGUGGGCGAGCCAGCAGUGCGAUCAGCAGGGAGAGAGAGCCCCGCCCCCCUUACUCACUGAUAGGACUAAAUGUGCAUAGAGCAAUACCAUAGAUAUUCAUGCAUGUGCACAGAAGAAUACCAUAGUUAUUCAUAGUGUGCACUGAGGAAUACCAUAGAUCAGGGGUGCUCAACUCGGUUCCUGAAGAUCCAGACUACGUGCUGGUUUAUGUUCUAGCCAAUUACCUUGGUUUUAGUUUUCUGACAGCUCUCUAAACUACACUGGUUAAAUCCUGCACUUGAGCACAUGAAAAUCUUUAGGAUACAAUUGGAGUCUGCGGCUGCUGCUAGUGCUUAUACAAAUGUCAGAUCAAGAUGAUAUUGAGCUGAUUAAGUAAUUAAGAGUAGAAGUUGCCACAAAAUCCUGAAAUCCUUGUUGUGCACCCCUCCCAUAGAUAUUCAAAGCGUGCACAGAGAAAUACCAUAGAUAUUCACACUGCACUGAGGAAUACCAUAGAUAUUCACACUGCACUGAGGAAUACCAUAGAUAUUCAUACCAUGUACAUAUCUAAUACCAUAGAUAUUUGUAAAUGCUACAUUAACAUGUGAUUGUAUUUCCUAUGCUAGGCUUCCAUAACCUUUUCUAAAAAGGCAUUUUAAUGGAUGUACACAGAUCUCAGAGAGACCUCGAUAACAUUUUUUUAAAGGAUGAAAAACCCACCAGGCUCUUGGGAAGGACUGUAAGUGAAACUCAUGCGUGGGCGAGGAUAUUUUCUGUCCCACCGAACUCUAACUCAGCAAAUAAGCAGCAAUAUAAAACGGGUGGCCAAACACUCAGAAACCAAAUGACUGAACAAACAGUGACUCGGGACAGGAAGGGGGGUGGGCGGGGGUGGAGGGGGCGGGGGUGGGGGUGGUUUCUCUGGCAAAAACAAGGAUAUUUCUAGCGGCCCUGUUUUAUCCCCCCCCCCCCGGGCGUCUCCUCAGACCAGCUCUGCUGUGGUGAUUCGCGCCCGACAGGCUCCGGAGAUAAGAACAGCGAAGCUGCGGGUUUCGUCAGGUGGACAUCUGGUCACGACCCGCAUCUGUGCACUUGUGUCUCCCACAACGCAGCUGCCACUUUCAUGAUGUCAUUUCCUCUCAAAUUCUUGCCAGUGCCAUCCUCCCCCCGCCCCCACCUUCCCCCACUGCUCAUGGGCCAAUCAGGGAGCUAUAAAUAUCUGUGCCCUGCUCUGAUUGGCCAGCCAGCUAUAAUACAUUUUAAAGUUUUCAACUGAACAUUAGUAAGUGAGAUUGAUCUCUAGCGGUAUAUUAACAGUGAUUUAUGGAUGGGCCAAUAGACUCAGUCAGAAUUUGUUCAGUAACUGACACACUGCAGUAUGUAAUGGAGGCCAGUGUUCUUAAACAUUAAUGCAGUUCUGUUGGCUGAGUGGUAUUUCUUCCUACAUAUAUGCUACAGAACAUUGAAAAUGUUCCAUUUGCAAGUUCAGUAAUUCCGGACUGUAGUAUCAUUUUGGGUUCAGGUCCCGGCCAGUGAUGCGUAUCCUUCCUCUGGAUCCAGUGAAAGCCUGUGUCGUGUGUGUUUUUAUCGUUGCGUCCACGUUCUGCAGAGCUCGAGCGGCUUCUGUUUUCUCUACGGCAGUAUUCUGUCUUUCACGGCUUCUCAGUAUUUACACGCACGUGUACUGUGGGGUCUAACUGGCCCACCGGUGGAGUGGAUCAGGUCUGCCUGCAUGAGUGUUCAUCCUGUUACACGUUUGCACCACGCGAGUACUUCACUCUUCUGCUUUUUCUGGGUCACUCAAGGUUCGCAUUCUCAUGUAAAUUAAACGUGAUCCGCUUUCCUUACAGAAAUGUAUUAUACUGCAAUAUAUUGAAAUGAAUGAUAAAUUGAAGCUCUUGAAAUAUACAUAUUGAGUGUGUGUGUGUAUAUAUAUAUAUAUAUAUAUAUAUAUAUAUAUAUAUAUGUAUGUAUACACACAGUAUGUAUGUGUGAGUAUGGUGCUAUGAGAUAUGUUACGUUUUUCAAAAGGUCCGCAAAUUCACAAAUAUAUUGCUGUAUAUUCCAUUUCCAAGAGGUAAUGGCCAAUCAGAUUGCAGUUCCUCGCACUUUGUCUCAAAGGGUCAAGGGACCUCUGCUGGUGUAAUGUUGUUACUGCACUCUUCUGAUGUGUGGAAACAGACUGACCUGCUAGCUUUGUGUAAUUGUCCUAUUGGGGCAAUGGUAGAAGUGUUUUCACCACACAGGAAACAUUCAGACAAAAGGGUCUUUGUCCUUGGUGAACGUGUUGUAGGUGAGAUUAGCUUCUUUUCAGUACAAGUUGUGUCGACACACGUGUCAUGAAAUACAUGGUGCAUUAACUCACAUUCAUCGACACUUUGCUUGUUACACAACUGUGGUGUCUGGUCAUAUGCAAAUGAACUGGCUUACCCAGAAUGCUCUGAGAUGAUGGAGAACCAUAGACGUUACGAGUAAAAUGAUCCUCCGGUUGUCGCCAAAACAAAGUGGACGUGCAUGUGAUAAUCUUUAUACAUUUUUUUUAUUUCAUAAUCAGUGGUCUCAUACUCUUAAAAUUCAAAAGUAAAAAACGUGUUUCUACCAAAGGUGUAUUUUUUUAGAAAGAUAUAUUUAUAUUGCUGGAGGUCACUGAAAUUGGCAGUGGUAUUCGGUUAAUAAUUUUGAUUAAUGACUGGCAUAGGAUUAGAGAUGAAGCCCAUCUGCUCACUGUGCUGGUGCUCCAUCAUUCAGACAUGUUUGAUUUUUCUGUGGUAGGUUCAUGUUACCAACUUGUAUUUGACAAAACUCUAAAAGAAAAGAAACUGCACAAAGUCAGUCUCAAACAUAGAGGUUUCCCCAAAAUGAAAGCAUUGGUAUAUAAAAAAAGAAAUCAUGAUUGAAACAUUUACUUAUGGCGCUCUGGAAAUCAUGCUUCUGACCACAUCCUGAAUUUUAAAAUCAGUUUUAAUAUUUCCCCCCCACCUCAGGAAUAUUUAUUUUUGUACACAAUCAGAGUUUUAGUGAACUGUAGAACAGAAUUAAUUGUGAAAAUACAUUGUCUGUUACAUGAAUGUUAUACAAAGGUUUGAAGCAAAUAUAUUUUAAAUGGUUGGCAUGCCGAUGUGCAUCUGCAUUUGUAAAUGUUUAGCUGUUCUUUCGUUGUGUAUCUAAAAAAUAACAGUUCUUUGAAUAAAUUGUAGUAUUUCUGAUACUUUCUGGUGCAUUUCUUUUUUGGUUAAAAUAUUUGGUGAGGCCUAUAUGGGGGUUCUUGCCCCAUACAGAAAUAAAAUGACCAUUAGUGGAUGUGAUUGACAGCUGGAAUAGAGAUCGACUCAGUCAAUAAGUAAAUUUUUCUUUUAAGAUGAGAAACGUUCCUGUUGACAUUUACUUUACUGCCUUGACUGACCUUAGCGACAAUAACUAAGGGUAGGAAUUCGCAUUUAAAAAAAAUCAUUCACAAAACUUAAUAUGCCUAAAUAUAAAUAAUAGUGACAUGGUUUUAAAUGUUUUUUUUUUACUCUAUCUGCAAUUUAUAGCUCAGACAUUUCACCACCACAGAUUAAAUUGGUAAUAGGCCAGAGACCCCAUGACAAGGACCAGCUCUAUGGUGUUGCAUUGGGAUGGCUUAAGUGCAGGGGCUUGUGGGAUGGCUGGAGGCCUGGUGCGCAUGCUUAUUUUUGUUUGAGUCCAGUCGGCCCGGCUUAAUUGGUCUGAAGUUAAUUAGCUGUGUUCGUUUGCGUUGGCACGUUUCCCCCGGUGCUCCGCGGCGACAUUUUUGGCCGGAAAAACGCGCGCAAUCCUCUGCAGUAACGAAGCGAUUUAUGCACAGACACUAAAACCCUGUAAACAUCGGGACUAAUUCAGCUACAAAGGGCUGGCAGCUUUCGCAGGAGCCUCCUUGGCACGGCCUGGCGGAGCGUGCAUCUGACACACUGCAACGGCUUCUGUGCCGUCAAAACUCGCCUGAAAAAACGCAUGUGGAUCUCUGCACAGUUCAGCUGAACACGUCCUCAACCAAAAUGCUCAACUGCAUGCACAACUGUUUACUGUGAA